AUGCCCACUAUAACAGAGAGCAGCUACAGGCAAACAGAGCUUCCACAGCUAGACGUGUCUGAGUUCAUGUUCAGACGUCACUCCAACGUGCCUCAUUACUGCCGAUGCUCAGUGUUUUGUUCACUUGUACAGGUUUUGCCGGUCACCGCGAGCAUCACCAUGCUGUGGGCUGGUCAGCGCGAGCAUCGCCAUGCCGUGGUGCGGUGGACCAAGACAGCAGGCAGCGGUUCCGACAAGUUCCAGGAGACGUCCAUCUUCAAUGAGACUCUACGGAUCCCCAACAUCCAGAGAGUGCAGGGCGGCCGCUACUACUGCAAAGCUGAGAACGGGGUGGGGGUGGCUGCCAUCAAGUCCAUUCGUGUAGAUGUGCAGUAUCUGGAUAAGCCUGUGCUCACAGUGCACCAGACGGUGGGUGAUGUACGAGGGAACUACUAUCAGGAGAAAACAGUGUUUUUACGCUGUACGGUAAACUCCAACCCUCCUGCUCGCUUUAUCUGGAAACGAGGAAAUAAACCAAUCGAACAGAGCAAAGACAACGGAGUGGAUAUCUACGAGCCUCUGUACACACAGGGUGAGACAAAGGUGCUGAAACUGAAAAACCUCCGUCCACAGGACUUUGCUAAUUACACCUGUCAGGUGUCCGUCCGGAACGUGUGUGAUAUUCCAGACAGCUCGGUCACCUUUCGCCUUGCCAACACCACUACACCCCCUGCUCUAAAGCUGUCUGUGAAUGAGACGUACGUGGUGGACCCAGGCCAAGAGGUCACACUGUCGUGUGAGGUAACGGCAGGCUUCCCCACACCUACGGUCAGCUGGUCGCGGUACCCUGGAUCCCUCCCUCAGCGGUCCAUGAUCCGAGGCGGGUCCCUCACUCUCCGGUCCGUCACUCCCGCUGAUGCCGGCGUCUACAACUGCACAGCCGUCAACAAUGUGGGAAACCCUGCGAGAAGAACCGUCAACUUCAUUGUGAGAACCAUGAAGAACUUAACGUUCCAGAUCACGCCGGACUCCAACAAAGACAGCGAGAGCAUACAGAUGGGUCGAGACCUCAAACUUUCCUGCCACGUUGACGCCCAGCCUCAGGACAAGGUGAACUACACCUGGUACAAGAACGGAGCUCUCAUCUACUCCGCUGACAGCCUCAUCGUGCUGCGCAGCGACCCAGACAUGCCACCUGGUACCAGCAGCCUGGAAAUUGUGGACAUGAAGUUCAGAGAUCAGGCCACCUACAGCUGCGUAGCGAACUUCCCUGGGAGCAGCGUUCCUGAACUGCGAGUGGAUGUGAACAUCACGCAGAGCAUCGUUCCUCCUGUUCUGAGUGUGCCAGUCGGAGGGGGUGUGGUCAAUGUCAGUGAGGGUGGGACCGCAGAGCUCGUGUGUUUGGUCGAUGGUAAGCCCCGUCCACCCGUUCUGUGGUCCCGUGCAAACAAGGACCUGCCCAUGCCAUCCGGGGAUUGGGUGGUGGAAACACGCGAUGGACGUUUGCGGCUGACCAAUGUGACGCGGGACAUGAUGGGAGCGUACCGCUGCCAAACCGCUCCUUACAACGGCCUAAACAUCAAACGCCGACAGGCUCAGGUGCAGCUCAACGUAGAGUACCCUCCUGUUGUGGAUCCAGUCCUGCUGGAUGUCCGUUCUCAAACGUUUUCGACAGUCAAUCUCCGAUGCCUGAUUCUCAAGUCCAAUCCAAACCGAAUAGCCAGCGCCCGCUGGUAUCGCAAUGGACUGCCCAUCCGAACCCCAACGGUGGACCCUCAAAGUGUCCCUCAGCUUCGCUUCAAACUAGACACCACUAAUAACGGCACUUACGAGUGCAGAGUGAGCAAUGGAGUCGGGACCUCAACCUGCACCUUCAUUGUGUCUGCUCAGCCGUAUAAUGCAGAGUUUUACUACGACACUCCAAACCCCAUUCGCACCUUGAAGAACAAUUAUUCCUACAUCUUACAGUGGACACAGAAAGAGCCCGGCGCCGUGGACAAAAUCAUCGGCUACUGGAUCAAUGUCCAACAGAACCGACAGACGAUUUUGUCCAAACAGAUCACCACUAAAGAGCCGGUGAAAGGUGUGCUGAUGUCCUACACGCUGAUGGACUUGCGUAUUCCCCUGUCGUAUGAGGUCAGCCUCACUCCCAUAACCAGCUUCGGCACCGGAAACACAGUCACGCGUACCAUCCAGUACUCAGAGCCCUACACUUACCCAAGACCUUCAGAUCACGUGUGCGGGUUUGAGGACAUUAGGAUAUGUGGGUUCACUCAAGACCGCAGUGAUGUGUUUGACUGGACCAGACAGAACCACCUCACACAGAACCCCAAACGGUCGGUUAAUACAGGGCCGGACACAGACAGGAGUGGGACGAAAGAAGGUUACUACAUGUAUAUUGAGACGUCACGGCCACGACAGGCCGGGGAUCGAGCUCGUCUUCUCUCUCCAUUGUACAAUGUUACGGCAGCCCGAGGACCAACAGGGACCACCAGAACCCCCUACUGUGUCUCCUUCUACUACCACAUGAACGGAAAACAUAUUGGUACUCUCAAUGUUCUGAUGAGGGUGAAGAGCAUCGCCACUGUGGAUUCUGCCGUCUGGACUCUCUCCGGACACCAGGGGCCCCAAUGGAGGAAGGCAGAUGCUGAGAUCUAUCCGAGCGGACCCUUCCAGGUGGUGUUCGAAGGUAUCCGUGGAAAUGGCUUUGAGGGAGACAUCGCUAUCGAUGACGUUUCCGUUACCAAGGGGAAAUGCAAACAAAAGGAUAGCGUGGACAAAACAGCAGUUCUGUCUGGGACACACCAGAGUCUUCACCUUCUUCCUGCGAUCGUCCAGCUGCUCUGCACCAUCUGUCUGACAUUCCUCCUCAGAUGAUACAGAUACCCCUCAGCACACACACCGCCAGCGUAGGACACCCCCCGCGGCAGCAAUAAGAACUGCCCCAACACGUGACCACCCUUCCUGCUACUGCCUCCUUCAUUUCCUCCUGUUUCUCAUUCCCUUUGUCCUAGCUUCACACCUCAAGUCUACUUUUUCUUUGGUUUUUCAUCGUCUUUGUGGUCACUUGUUGAGCUUAUGUCUGCUAAGUGGCACCUUUAUGUUUUAUAUAAGCAUAACUUCCAUUGAUUUUGUGCAUUUCUGUCCAUAUGUCUUGACAUCUUCAUCUCAGUCGCCCCUGUGUAUGAAUCUGACACACCAAAGUGUCAAUUAUUACCAAAGAUGACGGAGGGCUUACAGGAUGAACAGACGGCUGAAAGAGCAACAAGAACGUCCUUUCCCCAAAUGAACUCUUUCCACAGACUCAAGUGCAAGGAGAUGUGAUUUCCUUAAGACAUUAUGAUUGCAAGGAAUAGUGUGAGCCAGAACGGAUGAGUGAAACAGGUGGUCACGAAGCUACUGAUGACCUGAAUGGACCUGUACAUGCACGUGUACAUGAUAUAUUGGAAAGUAUCAAGCUGCAGAAAGGACAAACAGACUCCAACUGUAACUUCUAGGACUAUGACAAUGUGAAACUAAAGAAGCACAAAUUUAUAUAUUUUUUUUGUAGUUAUUUCGGUUCCUUUACGUGGUAUUCCGUCAGUCUGGGUUUGCUGUACACUUCUUGUCCUUUGGCUUUCUUUAGCAGAAACCGCGUGCCACUGCUGCAUUGCCAUUCAGUUCGUUACGGGGUAGAAUUCGAUUCCGAAAACGACACAAUGUGAACUUUGCACCAGAAGAGCAUCAGUUACCUCACCCUCAAUCUACAAGAACCAUAAAGCACCUGGACAACUUAUGAGAACGAUCACUUUUAGCUUCAGUCAAACUGCUGGGAGAGUGUUGACUCACUGGGUCAGUCGGUCUCGUUCAGCAAUAGAACCGUACCUCUGACUGCAAGGGAUAUGAUUUGGGCACACAGACUCCAACAGAUGGACGCCUCUGGACAGACAAAC